GCGUGUCUUGACUGUAGGCCGUUUGACGCGUUCAAGGGCUUUCGCUCACUUCAGGUUUGGUUUGUCAAGUUUCCUGAACCUCAAGUUUGUGACAUCAUUAGUAUUUGUCUUUUGGUUUUGCUAUUGAACGUAGGUCUGUCACAUGCCUUUAUAGGGUUGUCGGUUAUUUCCUUGUCAUGUAAUGCCUUAUCUACGAUCUCCGUACGUGGUACGGUGUGUACACAGCACAUAGUGCGCUUACUCUAUCAAGAAAGUGUGUUGUUUCGACCUACAAACCAUCUGCUUUGCGUUAUUAUCUCGCUGGAGGGUAUGUUCAUAGGGCGAUGGCAACCGCGUAAUGAACAUGGACAUCAUAAUAUUCAAAUUCAAAUGGUUCAAAUGGUUGUGGACGGAAUAGAAGAAGCUUUCGCUUAACAGGCUUCCGUGUCUAGUAGCAAGGGAUCACCAUAUCCUCCAGGCAGGAACCUAGGUAUGUUAACAAUAAAAGAGGAAAAGGAAUUGGUAAAUCAUAGUAUGAUACUGUCCUUGGUCCUUAAGAAUAGGUCAAGUUGCUUCUUGAAGGACUCCUGAGAAGUCGCUUGGACUAGCUCGGCCGGCAGCGAAUUCCAGCUUUUGACAACUCUUAAGGAGUAGAAGUUGUGUCUACAUCCCGUCUUGCUAUGUUGAGUUUCCAGUUUCUGGGUGUUACCCCUAAGGUUAGUAUUCGAACUAAGCUUGAGUAGGUGUUUAAGAGGAUGUCUAGAAGUGUUAAGAAUACUAUAAGCCACUAAUAAAUCACCUCUAAGACGCCUAUACUCUGAUGGGUAAAGGUCUAGUGAAUGGAGGCGUUCUUCGUAAGGCUUAGAUUUGAGUCCGCGAACUGAUUUCGUGGCUCGCCGUUGGAUACGCUCCAAAGUGACCUUGUCCUUUUGGAGUGAGGGGGGAGUACUAUACUUCCGUACUCUAAAUGGGGACGGAUAAAACUAUUGAAGAUUGCGUGGAAAGUUCUUCCGUCAAACUGGCCAAAAAUGCGCUUCAACGUUACCAGUGCAAGGUUUGCUCGGAAGGCAUUUUUGUCACAAUUAGCGUAAGACUUUAAAUCAUGGGGCACCAGGACUCCUAAAUCUUUUUCGACUUGGGAUACUACUAGAGAGGAGUUUCCUAAGUUGUAACUGUAGUUUGCGACAUGUCGCAGACGGACUACUUUACACUUUGAAGUGUUAAAGGUAAGUCCGUUAUCAUCUGCCCAACUUUGAAGUCGAGUCGGAUCCUCCUGAAGUGCCUGUGUAUCGUCUUGGUUGCGUAUCUCUCUCUCCAAAGUUUCACGUCAUCGGCAAAAGGUUGGCAAGCCUAUAUUGCAACGGUAGUGAAUCUUACUUCGGACUAGAAGGUUUCAAAAUGAAGUCACAUUAGGCUCACCAGUCUCCUAAAGUAUGACGGGUUUGUUCAUUAGGCUGAGAUCGUAGUAGCGCACGUUAAUUUCUAACCGCAACCUCGUUGAUGCGCAAACUCUGUGGUAGUCUGUCAUAGAUGGGCGGCAUAUACCUCUUCAGUCGGGCUCGCUAGUUUUUAGUGUCCAUCUGACUUCGAGCAAUCUGUGUUUUAUUGUUUAUAUAUUUCAGAUUAAUUUAGUGUAUCAUAAUCAUUCUGUUGCAUGACAGGCUAAAAUAACUGAUAUUAAGAAGUUGAAUAUGAAGUGCUAUAUUUUAUGCACAUAGAUUCAUCAGACGAUAUACAGAGCGCAAAGCGUUCUUAGACAAAAAUAAUCACAUGUGGCGUGCUCUGUGAUAGGUUAGCUAAUAUAAAGAUCAAUUGUGUAAUUUGCAUAAUUGAUUAGUCUGAAGAGUCAGAGUCGUACGAUACUCAUAUUAAUCUUACUGUCAGGAUUUAACACACCCCGUUCUGAACUUAACUAGCCGUAAGCACCUGACAUACCAUUUUUUACAGACUUCUGAAUGUCAGUUGUCUGAAUGGACUUUGGCUUAUGACGGCUUCUGUUUUGUGUCUAGUAGAUUAUACUAUUGGUCAUAAGGUUGCCCCUUUCAUUUGCUGUAGAUCAGUUAAGAUGGGUUUUCAUCUACAGAUAGUAUUGUUGGUGAUCUUGCUCACUAUUAACGUUUGCUGGUUUCAUUAUCACUAAAUGAGUAUUUUGUGUUCAAUGAAUCUAGAUGAGUUAGUUCUUAUUAUCUUUCAUAUGAUGCUAGCUUGAUAGAGGGCGACCAACAGCUUUUUUCUACUGUGUUUACAGCUCCAUACCAAUUGGUUAAAGGCGUUUUCUCCAAAAAUAGCUAUCAGCGUUUGUUAUUCUAGAAUCCUACUUCGUGGAUCGAUCACUGACUACUUAUUAUAUUGUAUUCAUAUGGUUAUUUAAAAUAUGCUUAUUGAGUUUUAGAACUAUGCUUUUCAUUUUCUCAGACUCCUUGUUACGCUAUUUGACCUGGCGAACUGGAAUCCCACACAAGAUUGUUCCUUCGCUUUUUUACCAAACAAAACCCGUUAACCUGUUGAUACAGUUCUUUCAACAUGUUUUUGAGGCCAGAGAGUUUAGGUCUACUUUUCCUGAUACUCAAUAUCUCAUGGUCGGUAGAUCGUGCUAAUUUUAAAACAUGUGACCAGAGCUCGUUCUGUACUCGACAACGACAAAUAAAACCCGGGGAACUUGCGCACAGGUUAGAACCAAGUUCUGUCAAGAUAAACCCAUAUGGAAUAACUGCAGUUAUUUACACUGAAGAUCGAAACCAUUAUCUGUCGCUGGAUGUUACCUAUAAUCAACACUCCAUCUUCCGUGUACUCAUUGAUGAAUUGACAGAUGAGUAUAAAAGGUAUCGCGUGCCUACAGGAGACGUUUUGCCAGGCGUUCAAAAGGCCCCUGUCAGGUGUCAAUUUGCUGAGAAUAGUUUAGUGUUGGAUGGACAGUCUGGAUACAAGGCAGUCGUGUAUUAUAACCCUUUUCAUAUCGAUUUUUUCCUGAAUGACAUUGUGGUAGCAUCAGCAAAUAAGAGAAGUCUUUUAAAUUUUGAACAUCAGAGAAAAAAACCAAUUAUCGAUAAAAAUAAAGUAUCUCAAAAUGACAACCAUACGUUACCAAGUGAAAAUCAUGAGGUUGAUAUUUCUACUGUAAAUAGUUCCGAAGAUUCUUCAGGAAAUACAGAUGUACCAAAAGACUCUACUACCGAUGAAGACAAAGAAAAUGAAAAACAAGAUCAUAUAGAUACAGAGAACACAGUUCCGGAAGAUCAGUCAUGGUCAGAAUAUUUCAAGGAACAUCUUGACACAAGACCUCACGGCUUAAACUCUAUCUCCAUGGAUUUCGACUUUCAGGGAUUCAGUCACGUCUAUGGGAUCCCAGAACAUGCUGAUGGAUUCGUUUUGAAAACUACAAGUGAUGGCGACCCCUACAGACUUUAUAAUCUUGAUGUAUUCGAAUAUGAGGUCUAUAAUAAAAUGGCCUUAUAUGGCUCUGUCCCUGUUAUGUGGGGGCACAAUCAAAACAAUACUGUGGGUGUCUUGUGGCUGAAUCCGUCGGAGACAUGGAUAGACAUUGAUCACUCGAACUCACAAAAUAGCGGAAUAUUUUCAGGUUUCUUUUCGAAGAAACCAGAGAAAUCUUCAGUACAAACGAGAUGGAUAUCUGAGUCCGGCUUAGUGGAUUUAUAUGUGUUUAUGGGUAGUACUCCAUCUGAAGCAAUGCGUUCUUAUUCUAGUGUGGUAGGUACUACCAAGUUACCACCCCUGUUUGCGAUUGGUUAUCAUCAGUGUAGAUGGAACUACAAUGAUGAAGCUGAUUUACUUUCUGUAGACAAACAUUUUGAUGAAUAUGAAAUGCCUGUUGAUGUUUUGUGGUUAGACAUUGAACACACUGAUGGAAAACGUUAUUUUACUUGGGAUAGAACUAAAUUUCCAAAUCCAAAAGAAAUGGUUGAUAAAUUGAAUGUUAAAGGUCGAAAGCUCGUUACGGUUGUUGAUCCUCACAUUAAGCGUGACUCGAAUUGGCCUUUAUUCAGUAAUUCCCAAAAUAAUGGGAUUUUCGUCAAAACUAGAGAUGGGACCGAAUUCGAUGGUUGGUGUUGGCCUGGAUCUAGUGCGUGGCCUGAUUUCACUGAUAAAUCUGUUCAGCAGUGGUGGUCAAAUCUAUUCCUUACUUAUGAACCUGUUUGCAAAGAUUCCAUGUUUACCUGGAAUGAUAUGGGUGAACCAUCAGUUUUCAAUGGCCCUGAAGUCACUAUGCAUAAAGAUGCUAAGCAUGCAGGUGAUUGGGAGCAUCGUGAUGUGCAUAACUUAUAUGGGUUAUACGUACAUAAGUCAACUUGGGAUGGACUCAUGUUGAGGUCGAACGGCGUAGAACGUCCCUUUGUGUUGACCCGUGCGUUUUUUGUCGGUUCACAGCAGACAGCAGCUGUUUGGACUGGAGACAAUACUGCUGAUUGGUCACACUUAAAGAUUUCAACUUCUAUGCUUCUCAGCAUAUCAAUCGUGGGGAUAACUCUAUGUGGGGCUGACGUGGGAGGUUUUUUCGGCAAUCCAGAUUCUGAGUUAUUGACAAGAUGGUAUCAGGCGGCUGCUUAUCAACCAUUCUUCAGAGCUCAUGCACACAUAGAUAGCAAACGCCGUGAACCUUGGCUAGUGGCUUCGGAAUAUAUUGAUCCCAUUCGAAAGGCAAUACAAGCUCGCUAUCAAUUACUUCCAUAUUGGUAUACAUUGUUUGCUCGUUCGGAAGCAAACGGUCAACCAGUUAUGGCACCAAUGUGGUUUCAUUUUCCUAAAGAUGUGAAUACGUUUGGUUUGGAUGAUCAAUAUAUGAUUGGAGAAGCUGUGCUUGUUAGUCCUGUUACUGAUCAAGGUGUUGGUUAUGUGCAGUUAUAUUUUCCAAAAGGAACAUGGUAUCAUUAUCCAUCGUUUGAGGUAUUUGCAGGUGGACAAUCGACACAAUAUCCAGUAACGAUAAAUUCCAUACCUGUAUUUUAUCGAGGUGGAUGGAUUAUACCACGAAAAGAGCGUAUACGUCGUUCAUCAUGGCUUAUGCGUAGUGAUCCCUAUACAUUUGUUGUUUGUUUGGACCCUCAGAAGCCUGAUGCUGUUGGUUAUAUAUACAUAGAUGAUUUCCAUUCAACUUCUAAAUCAAAUGCCCAGUUUUUCAAAAUUAUUUACCAACGAGUUGUCGACCCAACGGGUGAAGGUGUGCAUGGUGGACGAUUGCGCUUACAACGUUUACCAUUACCAGGUGAAACUUCCAUAUUACUACCUAAAGAUGAUGUUUUUAUACCGAAAAUUGAACGAUUUGUUAUUGUUGGGUUCAGUAGUCCCUUGGAAAGAAUUACUGUGAUCGAUGCCCAUAAACCACGAAGAAAUAUAGGGUUUUCCAUUACUCCAUCCUCUGUUUUUUCUGCUGGUUUUAAACACGUACCACGCGUUGUUGUUGUUCGUAAACCUGAUCUUUCAUUAAGUGAUGAAUGGGAAGUGCAUUUUGUCACAGGGAAAGAAUCCAGGGAUGAUUUGUAAAUGAUAGUUAAUAUCAAUCCUAUUUGUUCAACAUAGUACUCUCAUGUGUAUAUGAUUUGGCUCCAAGUUAUCUUUUUUUCUAAAACACUUGCUCAGUUUUAAUUUUUACAUCAUUUCUCUCCAUCUCUUCAAAUGUGACGUGUACUCUUGCUUGUCUGUUUGUUUUCUUUUCACUUUCCAUAUUUUCUUCCCGUUUUUUCCUGUUGUAAGCGUAUCUUUCUCAGUUCCUUUUUUUUCUAUUUUGUCAUUGUGUCUGUGUUCGAAUGUAAACAAAGAAUUUUUUCAUUGCUUUUAUGUAUGUUUUUAUUUUAAAAAGUGAAUUUGUUUAGUCAAGA